CUAAUCCGACCCAUGCGCAGGCGCAGAAGGAAAGGGGCCCGUCAAACCUCCAAGGCCCGCCCCUCCCCCACUAGCCUUCCGGCUUUCUCCUACUGCGCAGGCGCGUCGACUGAACCAAGAUGGCCGCUCCCGUGGAUCUGGAAUUGAAGAAGGCCUUCACAGAGCUUCAAGCCAAAGUUAUUGACACUCAACAGAAGGUGAAGCUUGCAGACAUACAGAUUGAACAGCUAAACAGGACGAAAAAGCAUGCACAUCUUACAGAUACAGAGAUUAUGACUUUGAUAGAUGAGACUAACAUGUAUGAAGGUGUAGGAAGAAUGUUUAUUCUUCAGUCCAAGGAGGUAAUUCACAAUCAACUGUUAGAGAAACAGAAAAUAGCAGAAGAAAAAAUUAAAGAAUUGGAACAGAAAAAAUCCUACCUGGAGCGGAGUGUGAAGGAAGCUGAGGACAACAUCCGGGAGAUGCUGAUGGCACGAAGGGCACAGUAGGAAACCUCUAGUGAAAGCUUCCUGCCCCCUUCUACUCCUGGCAAGGGCAGAGGGGCCCAUGUGGGGAAACAUCCUCUCUUCUGCCCUGAUGGACUUUGUAUUUGAGUGAUCUGGUAACCCUGUGUUUUCUACUUCACCCUGAUCCCCUUUUCGAUCCUGGCUCUGCCUGCCACCCCUGCCCGACAUUCUUCUCCCCUGGGGUGAGUCACGAACACCCAGGAAAGAUGGGGGCCAGGACAGAUAGGGGAGCUCUGCCCAAACCUACUAGUUACACUGGUUAGACCAAUAAAAGGCAUCUGUUCCCCCCACCCACUCUAAGUCUGCCUUUCUUGAGAACUGAGGGCCAGAGGCUUUCAACCUCGGCUCCUCCCUGACCUGUCCCCCUCCAGAGCAUUGGCUCUGUUCCUUUCGCAUUGAAGCCUUUCCUGGUUCUUUUUUUUCCUUUCUGUUCCUUUGAGUAAAUCCUACUUCUGAGCUUCCAUGCAGAUCAGGAAGAAGGGAGACCAGGGUAUAACUGAAUUUAAGUGAACCUUGGUGGCAUUCUGCCUAAAGAUUCCUUCCCUGUUUCCUCCCACAUGUUCCAUACGAAAAUGCAGUCAGGCUGUCUUCCGGUGGACAGUACAAUCCUAAGGCCUCCUAGAGGCUUAGGGGCAGUGGUGUGCUGGAGCUGGCUUGUACUGGCUCUGGAGAGCCAAUUAUUAAAAAUCAAGUUAUGUAAAUAUGUAAUCCUAUUUAAAACAAGGGUAAUAAAUAUUCAGACUUGUCCCUUCCUAA